AUGAAGUUCGACCAGUCAGGAGUCAUUAACAGUAGCCUAGGUGAGCUCACACUGGACCCAAACACAGCACACAGAAAUCUCUCUCUCUCUGAGGGGAACAGAAAGGUGACAUGGAUGAAUAAGGAGCAGCCGUAUCCUGACCACCCAGAGAGAUUUGAGUGGUAUCAGGUGUUAUGUAGAGAGGGUCUGUCUGGACGCUGCUACUGGGAGGCUGAGUGGAGUGGGCGUGGGGCUGAUAUAUCUGUGGUGUAUAAAAGCAUCCAGAGGAAAGGGGGGAGUGAUGAGAGCGCACUGGGACGUAAUGACAAGUCCUGGAGUCUGCUCUGCUCUCCCCACAGUUACUAUGCCAGGCACAAUAAUGAAGACACUGUCAUACCUGUCCCCUCCUCCCGCUCCAGCACAGUAGGAGUGUACCUGGACCAGCCAGCCGGCUCUCUGUCCUUCUACAGCGUCUCCUCUGACACACUCACCCACCUACACACAUUCCACUCCACAUUCACUGAGCCCCUCUAUCCUGGGUUUAGGGUUUGGGAUUAUAACUCCUCAGUGUCCCUGUGCCAGAGUCAGACAUUGAUUGGCGUUGGGAUAAGGGUGUGCCAGGCCAAGGAGAGGGAAGAGUUCCGGCGGCCUGCGCAUAUCAUUAUUGACCGUGACCGGGACCGGGAGGCGUGA